GCUUCGUCCUUCGCCAGAAUGGCAUGGCACAAGACGGUGGUGCCGAUGAUACAAAGGCCCUCGAGCGCAAGUCAUCUAAGCUCUCGGAUCAGGAAAUCCAGAGUAUGAAAGUACAGCCACAGGCGACUUCAACUCAAGGCAAAUCACAGGCAAACACACGCACCGCGCGAGAUAUUGAUGGUCCGGGGCAAAUGAAACGAUCUCAGUCAGGAAUGAGAUCUGCGCCAAAAGGCAUGCUUUCGACAGAUGCUAGCAACGCUGUUCGUACAUCAGCCUCCGGAAGCACGCAAAACGCAAAGCAAGGUAAAGAGAAGAAGCCACCGGUCCAAGUUGAGCCUCAUGCAGACGAAGUGGCCAGCGACGGAAGUUCAGUGUAUGAGACUGAUGAAGAUGAAGAUGAUGAUGGGCUUCAACAGCCCUCUGUCAAUCAGGCCGACAUACAGACCCGGAACGCGCAUGUUCCUAAUGUCUUAACCGAGCGUCGCAUGACUGGUGAUUCCUAUCCUGCUACUACGUCGGGAGUGCCCUCUGAAGUGGACGUCCAUGACGCGCAACAGCAAUCACAGAAUCAUGCUCGCGGCAUGCAAGUGCCUACGGGAAUCAUGCCGGUGCGAGGCUCAGGCCCCCGUGGUGGCAUGACUGUCCCGAAUGUAGCUGUACCGCGACUCGAUACGCUGGGUCAAGCCAGCCGACCAGCGCACGUAAACAUCACGAGUGAAAUUGGGGCAGGAUUUCAAUUUGGGGUGGCUCCGGCGAUUCAACCCAAAGUCAACAGAUCAGUUCAUCAUGGUCCGCAGCCAAUGCCGCACCCACAACGCAAUCCACCGGCCCAAAAUCAUCCACCGCAAGGUCCAGGCCAACAGCAUCGCAUCGUAAACCAGCACUUGCCUCAAGCUCCCGCGAAUGCACAACGAGCCCCAGCUAACACGCAAGCUGUGUCGAAAUUGCCAGCCUCCGAAAAGCAGGUUCUAGUGCUCCCCUCCAACAAGCCUGUGAUCCACCAAGAGUCUCAUCGGCAAUUGGGCGAUGUCAACCACCAAGAUGCCCUGCCACAUCCAUUGCAUUUCACACAAAUGCCUGCUCAUGAGAGAAAUGUACACAAGAGCCACACGUCAACCGUGAAUCCGCAGCCACCUUCAUCGGAUGUGCAACAGCCGAGUGAUCAUCAGUACUCGGAAUUUGAAUAUCUGAACGUGGGAGAUGGUAAGGAUUAUGGGCACAUGGACGAGCAAUAUCCGGAAGAGCAACAUGCUGAGGACCAGCCUCCCGAAGAGCAGUACUCAGAGGAGCAGCACCACCCAGAAGAGCGUCAGGACAUAGACUACGCUGAGUCCGAACUGUUCAGCAAAAGCUAUGCAGACAUCAAAGCGCAGUCUUUCGACCUGGACCCUUGCGCCGUGCCACUGAAUUUACCACAGGAGCUUCCGACAGACAAUCUUCAUCAAAAGCUCGUAAGCGUGAUGAAGUUGAAGACGCAGCCACAGCAACCGAAUCCUCAGUUUGAGUUGUUCAAGUCUAUGACUUUGACUGAAUGGGAGGAAGCUGGAGACUGGUUUCUCGACCGCUUCAGCGACCUCAUGGCCAAAUUGAAGGCUGCUCGCAAACAGAAGCGAAAGAUCGCGCAUGACUUCGAGUGUGAGAUUGAGCAGCGCCACGAGGCAGUGGCUAAGAAGCAGAAAUUGACCCAGGCCGCCCUUGACGAAAUGAAAAUGACUGGUGGGAAGGUCUUGGAAGGCACGCCGAAGAAAUCGCCGAGGAAGCCGACGAAGGCAAAGAAGUGAUGAGAGAAGGACCACUUUUCUUGUUAACGGGAAGCAGACGACGACAUUGUUCUACGAGCAUUUCAAGAUGACAUGAGUGUACGAAAAGCUGAAAUGGUCGAGACCAUGGCUAGUGUUGACGACGACUGCAAUCUCCCCCGCAUGAUACCCA